AUGCAAAGCGCUCUUGCCCUCUUGCUUGUAGUAGCCACUGUUGGCGUGCGAGCUGUUCCUUUCUCCUUGGUCGAUACGCCAGCGAAAUGCACAAAUCCCACCAAGCGUGUGUCAUGGCACGAUGUAUCAGCCGAGGACAAGAAAGCGUACAUCUCUGCAGAGCAGUGCAUCAUGAACGCCGAGGCAAAGCUCAAGAAGAUGCCAGGAGCUAAAACUCAGUGGGACGAGCUCGUGGGCUUGCACCAGAUCUUGUCUUUGCAGAUCCACAGCACGGGAACCUUUCUACCGUAUCACAGAUAUAUGUUACAUGCCCAUGAGCAUCUGCUGAAUCAAUGCGGGUACAACAAAGGACUGCCGUACUGGGAUGAGACCAGAGAUGCAGGAAAUUUCUCAAUCUCGCCAGUGUUCGACUCGGUCCUCGGCUUUGGCGGCACAGGCCAGGGUACCUCGAAGUGCGUCGAAGAUGGGCCGUUCCGUAAUUUCACAGUCAAUAUUGGCCCCGGUUUUACAAGUCAACCUCGCUGUGUGAAUCGACAGAUCACCAAUGCUCUGAGCAGUUAUUGUUCAGCGUCUGCUGUGCAAAAGGCAAUUUCUCCAACGACAUACGAGGAAGCAUGGAGGGCUAUAUACAGUGGUCCGCACCUGAUGGGCCACAUAGCUUUGUCCAUGAUGAACGCAGACUCUAUUACCUCUAACGGCGAUCCGCUUUUUUUCAUGCACCACGGCUUCGUUGACAAGAUGUGGGCAGACUGGCAGGCUAAGGAUCCAAAGCGACUCACGGAGAUAAGUGGCCUCAACGCUCAGGACCCUAAGGUCGGCUUCCUCGAAUUCCCCGGGGGCAUCGAAGAGGAGUCUAAGAUGUGGGGACACCCGACGACCGAAAUGAAGGCUGUCACCCCAGACCCAACGACUGGUGACAAAGGCGGUAAUCAAACCACCUUGGGCCAUGUUAUGACAUCUCUGGGUAUUAUCCCAGAUACGACAUUAGAGAAUAUCAUGGAUACUAAAGGUGGAUAUCUCUGCUACGAGUAUGUGUAA